AUAGACAUCCUGGCCCCUGUGUGCAAGUCCACUGGGCCCAGAAGUGAGGAGGAGGCUGCACAGAUGUGCCGAGACCCUGACCCAGGAGGGCCUCGCUGGGAGAACAUGCAAUAGGGCAGAGCGCUGGCGGCUGGGACAGAAAGCUGCAGGGCUGGGAGCUCCGGCCUCUAUCUAAAGCCCUAAGUCUGUGACCCCCGACGACAGGCCCUGUCCAUCUGCACCUGGCCCUCUGUCGGGACUUCCUCUGUGUCUCUGAAGCCCCCCGUCUCUCCUUGCCUGCUCCGUGCCCUCCUCCUGCCGGGUUCGUGUCCCGCCCCACGCCCCCAGGUCUGGGACGUUUUCGUGGCGGGUGGGGCGGGCACGUCCCCGGCGGGUCCCUAUCGGUCCCUGUCGGUCCGUCCGCCCCGCGCCGCCCCCGCCGGGCACUGGGCAUGCCCCGGGCGUUUCUAUAUAAAGCGGCGCCGCUUGGGCCCGGCGCUGUGCCACUGCCACCGCCGUCGCCGCUGCAUCCCGCCCGGUCCGAGUCCGCCCACCACGCCCGCCCAGCCGCUACCGCCGCCAGUCUUUCAGCCACUCCACCCACGAGAUGGUGAGUCUCCUGCGGUCCCUCCCCCACAAGGCCCAAGUCCCUGGGCAGAGAGAGGGCCCAGAGGACAGCAGGCAGCGCCCAGGACCUAAGCCUGGGGUUGCCCCAUGCAGAGAGCUUAGACUCACGACCAGCUCCCUCACCCCACCCUGCGGCUGCGUCCUGGGAGGUGGGCACUCUUAGUGCCCUGUGACAGUCAUUCAUUCCAUGGCCCCUCAGGGAGCUCACCUUCUAGGAGAGGGCACAGAGGCUCUGGCCCUGGCAAACUGGGAUUCAAGCCCAGGUGUGAGGCCCAGUCCUCUGCCGUCUGGGCCACAGCACACCAUCUCCCAACGACCAAGAGAUUCUCUUCGUCCCAGCCUCAUCAGCCCCAGCGGAUGGGACAGGGCAGGCACCAGGCAACAAGGCCCAAAGACACCUCAUAGCUUGCUCAAGGUGGCUUUGAGUCCCCUGUCCAGGCCUGGGGACUGCAAAGAACAAGAAUUCCAUUCACACGGAGCCUCCCAGCAGCCCCAUGUGGGGUGCGCCAGCCUCAGAGAGGGUCGGGACAUUAGGUUUCAUCCAAAGAAAGCAUUUCCAUGACUCAAAAUAUCUGCAAAGAGGGGUCCCAGCCCUCCCCCUCCUAAUGUCUAGCCCAGGGCUGGGCACACAGUAGGGCUUCAAGGCCUACGUGGAGAUGACAGUGGAAUCACAUUUAGGUGUCAGCACACUCCAUGCUGGGUCAUGAGAGAGAAAUAAGCCACCCCAGAGUGAUGGCUGGGUUCGUUCAUUCACCUGCUCUUCAGUCAACAAACAUUUACUGAGCAGUGGCUGUGUGCCAGGCAUGGUUUAGGUGCCGGGGUUGCCUCCAUGAACAAAACCAGCAGAAAACUCUGCUGCUGUGAAGCAAGCUAAGGCGGAGCCCAGCGUGGGGGCGCGGGGGGUGCUGGUCAGCAGGACGCUGCUUCCUGCCAUUCCUCCAGGGGCACCACACAGAACAGUUUACAAAGCACUCCCACCAUCGCGUUCCCAUUAAUGCGCCUUCACCCCCAACACAGGCCUUUCCUCUCCUAGUCCCCAGGACGGUGUCAGCCCUGAACACAGCCCAGGCUGGGAGAGUGGGGGGCUUACACCCUUGGGUGACUUAAUGUGACCACUGGCCCAUCCUGCCCAAGACCCACCACUUCUGCCCUCUCAGCUCUCCCUGGAUCCAUCUGGUCCCGAGUGGGAUUGCCCACUGGGCUCCAAGGACCUGGAGGAUGAGGGCCCCUGGGGAGGGGGCUCUGGCCUGCCGCCCACAGGCUGCUUCCCUGGCUCCUGGCGCCAGGACGUGGGCCUGGACUGCAAGGGAUCCCCCGAGGGGACCGAGGCCCGGGCCUGGACUGUCUACUACUACAGCCUCCUGCAGAGCUGUCUGCAGCAAGCUGGCCUUCCGGAGACUCAGGACCGCAGCCAGGCGCCCCGCACAGGCUGUCCUGGGGCGGAGGUGACCUUGUGCGUUCUGGGCUCCCCCAGCACCUUUCUGCCUGUGCUGCUGGAGGGUGGGGUCCAGAGCCCGGGUGAGUGUGUGCUCAAGUUUCCCCAUCCCCUUCUACAGAAAGGGCAGCCCUGCCCUGGCCCAGCUACAUCCCAAAAUACCCGCCAACCCUGGCAACUGCCUGCAUUCCACUGGAGCAGCUGCCAUGCCGAGUGGGGGUGGGUUCUGGGAUCAGCUGCCCCCACUCCGCUACCCAGGGGCCCGGGCAUGGGCCAUCAAGCCUUCCCUGGCCAGCCACUUGCCUUCUCUGCCCACAGGAAACAUGCUCCUUUGCCUGUCCCCUGCUUGGCUGAUGAAGGUGCCAGCACCUGGGCAGCCGGGUGAGGCAGCCUUGCUGGUCUCCAAGGCUGUGAGCUUCCACCCUGGGGGCCUGACAUUCCUGGAUGACUUUGUCCCCCCACGCCGUGCCACCUACUUUCUGGCAGGCCUGGGUCUGGGGCCCAGCCGGGGCCGAGAGGCAGCAGAACUCGCCCGUGACCUGACCUGCCCCACAGGAGCUUCGGCUGAGCUGGCCCGGCUGCUGGAGGACCGGCUGCUGACAAGGCAGUUGCUGGCCCAGCAGGGUGGUGUGGCUGUGCCAGCGACCCUGGCAUUCACCUACAAGCCACCAGGGCUGCUGCGCGGAGGGGAUUCCAGCCCAGGGCUACGGCUGGUGGAGCUGAGUGGCAAAGAGGGCCAAGAGACGCUGGUGAAAGAGGAAGUGGAGGCUUUUCUGCGCUCCGAGGCCCUGGGUGAUGUCCUGCAGGUGGCUGUGAAGCUCAGUGGCUGGCGCUGGCGGGGGCGGCAGGCAUUGCGUCUGCACCCACGGGCAGAGCUGGGUGCAGUGGUGAACACAGUGCUGGCACUGCUGGAGAAGCUGGAGGAGGAGGAGAGUGUCCUGGUGGAGGCCGUGUACCCACCUGUCCAGCUGCCCUGCUCAGAUGGUCCUUCACCUGGCCCUGGCCUGGCCGUGCGAAUCUGUGCUGUGGUGUGUCGGACACAGGGUGACAGGCCACUGCUGAGCAAGGUGGUGUGCGGCGUGGGCCGCGGAGACCGACCUCUACGGCACCACAACUCCCUGCCGAGGACGCUGGAGGUGGCGCUGGCCCAGUGCGGCCUGGGCGAGGAGGCGCAGGUGGCGGCCGUGCGGCAGCGCGUUAAGGCGGCGGCCGAGGCCGCGCUGACUGCCAUGCUGGCUCUGGAGGCCGGCCUGAGUGCCGAGCAGCGCGGCGGGCGCCGGGCGCACACGGACUUCCUGGGCGUGGAUUUCGCCCUGACAGCGGCCGGCGGCAUGCUGACCCCCGUGGCCCUGGAGCUGAACGGCGGCCUGUGCCUGGAGGCGUGUGGCGCGCUCGAGGGACUGUGGGCCGCGCCGCGGCUGGGGCUGGCAGCCGACGAGGCGGCGGCCGCGCCGCUGGUGGAGACCAUGCUCCGGCGGUCGGCGCGCUGCCUCAUGGAGGGCAAGCAGCUGCUGGUGGUCGGCGCGGGCGGCGUCAGCAAGAAGUUCGUGUGGGAAGCGGCGCGCGACUACGGGCUCCAGCUGCACCUCGUGGAGUCAGACCCCAACCACUUUGCAUCCCAGUUGGUACAGACCUUCAUCCACUUUGACAUGACCGAGCAUCGGAGGGAUGAGGAGAAUGCACGGCUGCUGGCAGAGUUGGUGCGGGCUCGCGGCCUAAAGCUAGAUGGCUGCUUCUCCUACUGGGAUGACUGCCUGGUGCUCACAGCCCUGCUCUGCCAGGAACUGGGUCUGCCCUGCAGCCCCCCAGCUGCCAUGCGCCUGGCCAAGAAGAAGAGCCUCACCCAGCUGCACCUGUUGCGCCACCAUGGCCCACCCUGGCCUGCGCCCUCCCUCCAUGCUGUGCCCUGCUGCCCACUGGAGAGCGAGGCUGAUGUGGAGAGGGCUGUGCACCAGGUACCCCUGCCAGGUGUCAUGAAGCUGGAGUUCGGGGCAGGUGCAGUGGGCGUGCGGCUGGUAGAGGAUGCGCCACAGUGCCAUGAGCACUUUUCCCGGAUUACCCGAGACUUGCAGGGCGAGGCCGACCACCCGGGCAUUGGGCUGGGCUGGGGCAAUGCCAUGCUGCUGAUGGAGUUUGUGGAGGGCACCGAGCACGAUGUGGACCUAGUGUUGUUUGGUGGGCGGCUGCUGGCUGCCUUUGUCUCCGACAAUGGCCCUACGAGGCUGCCUGGCUUCACUGAGACGGCGGCCUGCAUGCCCACCGGGCUGGCACCAGAGCAGGAAGCACAGAUGGUGCAGGCAGCCUUCCGCUGUUGCCUGGGCUGCGGGCUGCUCGAUGGGGUCUUCAACGUGGAGCUCAAGCUGACCGGGGCUGGGCCUCGGCUUAUCGAGAUCAAUCCCCGCAUGGGUGGCUUCUACCUGCGUGAUUGGAUCCUGGAGCUCUAUGGCGUGGACCUGCUGCUGGCUGCUGUUAUGGUGGCCUGCGGCCUGCGGCCUGCCCUGCCCACCCGCCCACGUGCUCGUGGCCACCUGAUGGGCGUCAUGUGCCUUGUGUCCCAGCACCUGCAGGCCCUGAGUUCCACUGCCAGCCGUGAGACCCUGCAGGCCCUGCACGACCGUGGCCUGCUACGCCUCAAUCUGCUGGAGGAGGCCCUGGUGCCUGGGGAGUACGAGGAGCCCUACUGCAGUGUGGCCUGUGCCGGGUCCAGUCCCACCGAGGCCCGCCUCCGCCUGCUGGGCCUCUGCCAGGGCCUGGGCAUUGAUGGGCCCAGCUACCCUGUUGCUCACUUUCUGUCUCACUUCAAAUAGCACUGGGGCCAGGGGGCAGGGAAGCAGUGCUGGGAGUAGGGACUGUGGUACCCUCUACUCCCUGGAGUUCUUCCUGCCUCUCUCCACAUCGCCAUGCCCCAGCCCCAGCCUGGCCUGCUGCAAUGCCUAGGUCUGUUUCAGAGCAGCAGGGCAAUUUUGACACCAAGGCAUCCUGGACUCAAGGGCCUCUUGCCCUCCCAAAGGCCCCAGUCCAGCCCACAGCUUCCCCAGAAUUCUAGACUUGGAGAAGUGACAAUGACCGCACACACACACACUGCUCUGUCACCAGUUCCCCAGGUGGGAGUGGGCCCAAACCCAGCCCCUCCUGUCCACCCCUCCAGGUCUCACUCUCUUCCUGCCACCUACAAGAGGAGAGGACCUGGCUGGGCCCCAAGCCUUGGACAAAUCCUAGAAAAACCUGAGACUAGAACCCUUGUCUUUCUCUUACCCAAAUUCUAGGAUAGCUCUAGAGCCUGCUAAAAACUUGGCGGCAUCCAACCUGCCUCAUUCGGCCUGAGUGGUAGAGGCAGGUGGACUGUGGACAGAAGCAAUCUUCUUUCUGCUCACCCCGGGCAGACACUGCUGCCUGCGUUCCCCCGAUGGAAGGAAACAGGCUGAGAGAGGAAAAAUGACUGCUCCAGCGUUAUACCACUGUGGAGGGUGGGUCACAGGACAUGAUGCAGAGUCCAGGUUUCUGUUUUGAUCAAGUCUUACAUGCCCAUUCAGCCUCUAGGCCCACCCUCACCUCCCUGCCCUCAUUCACGAGUGGCCCUGAGACAUGUGAACGCCUCCUUCCUAUGCAUCACAAACCUUCUCCACCGAGCUUUGGUGCUUUGGCCUCCGGGACACCUAACUAGCAUUGGCAAAGGAGUCUACAUUCUCUUCCUCGUUCAGGGAAGAUGCUUUAAGAACUCCUGCCUCUGUGCAGCACAGGAACUGGAGACAGCUCCCCAGCAUCCCUCCCCAAAUAAAGGCUUAUGUACUAGU